AUGGUACAGACCCCGACUGUUGAGGCGGAGGAGUUCCCGCGGCCCUCUACGGGCCAGCUCCGAGCCAUGAGAUGCCAGGCUGCCCAGAGAGGCCCCGUGACAGAAGAUGGAGCCCCAGGGAAGCACCUGCUGACCGCAGACACCCAUGGCAGACAAUCCCACUUGGGCCGAAGGAGUCGCUGCCCUGCCCUCCGCAGGCUGGUCCCCGUUGGCUUUGGAGCUGAGGCACGGAUGCUCUUUGUCCUUUCUGGACCCCUGUUCCUCUUCCAGAUGCUGAACUUCAUGGUCUACGUCGUGAGCACGGUGUUCUGCGGACACCUGGGCACGGUGGAGCUGGCAGCAGUGACCCUCUCGGUGGCCUUUGUCAACGUCUGUGGAGUUUCCAUCGGGUUUGGCUUGUCCUCGGCCUGUGACACCUUGAUGUCCCAGAGCUUCGGCAGCCGCCACAAGAAGCACGUGGGCGUCAUCCUGCAGCGGGGCGUGCUGGUGCUGCUGCUCUGCUGUCUGCCCUGCUGGGCGCUCUUCCUCAACACCCAGCUCAUCUUGCUGCUCUGCAGGCAGGACCCGGCCGUGUCCAGGCUGGCCCAGGAGUAUGUGCAGGUCUACAUCCCAGGCCUGCCGGCAAAUUUUCUCUACAGCCUGCAGGCCAAGUACUUGCAGAAUCAGGGCAUCGUUUGGCCCCAAGUCUUCAGCGGCAUCGUGGGCAACUGCGUCAACGCCCUGGCCAACUAUGUCCUGGUUUCUGUGCUGGGCCAGGGGGUCAGGGGCUCCGCAUUUGCCAACACCGUCUCCCAGUUCUCGCAGGCUGUCUUCCUCCUGUUCUACAUCGUGCUGAAGAAGCUGCAUCUGGAGACAUGGGCAGGCUGGUCCUGGGAGUGCCUGCAGGACUGGGGCCCCUUCUUCCGCCUGGCCAUCCCCAGCAUGCUGAUGCUGUGCAUCGAGUGGUGGGCCUACGAGAUCGGGAGCUUCCUCGUGGGCCUGCUCAGUGUGCUCGACCUCUCUGCCCAAGCAGUCAUCUAUGAGGUGGCCACCGUCAUCUACAUGAUCCCCAUGGGGCUCAGCAUCGCGGUCUGUGUCCGAGUGGGGACAGCCCUGGGAGCCGCAGACACUGUGCAAGCCAAACGAUCAGCCAUCUCAGGCACCCUCUGCACAGUCGGAACCUCCCUGGCUGUGGGCAUCCUGUUGAGCCUCCUGAGAAACAAGCUGGGCCACAUCUUCACCAAUGAUGAGGAAGUCGUCGCCCUGGUCAACAAGGUCCUGCCGCUGUACAUCUUCUUCCAGCUGUUUGAUGCCCUCUGUUGUCUCUACGCUGGGGUCCUGCGUGGGACCGGCAGGCAGGCCUUCGGGGCCGUGGUGAAUGCUGUCAUGUACUAUGCCAUCGGCCUCCCGCUGGGUGUCGUGCUGACCUUCCUGGUCGGGAUGGGGAUCAUGGGCCUCUGGCUGGGCAUGCUGGUCUGUGUCAUGCUGGCCACCGCUGCCUUCGUCACUUACACGGCCCGGAUGGACUGGAAGCGGGCUGCAGAGGAGGCGCAAAAACACGCAGGACUGCCGCCACUGGGGAGCACUGAGAGCAUGGCCUUCGGAACCAGGCCCGGGCCUGAGAAAGUGGUCGUGUCUUCAGUGGCCACAGGCAGCUCCCCUGGCGUGAUCCUGACGACCUACUCGAGGCCCGGGGGCCACCUGGACCUCCUCAGGACUCCGGAAGCAGUCCACACCCUACCCACCCCUGCCGGCCAGCUGUCAGCCAAGCAGCUGGCUCUCCGCCGGGGGGCUGCUCUGGCGGUGGCAGUGGGCUCGUUGAUAGUGGGGCUCGUCCUGAGGGUCCUCACCGCCAGGCCCUAGUGAGACAGCUUAAGACGAAAAGGAAGCUGAGAGUGGCUGCCCGCCCCAAAUUCAGUGCAGGGGGACGCCCCUGACCGCUCCUCAAGAACAUUCACGGGACUUCCCUGGUGAUCCAGUGGCUGAGAAUCUGCCUGUCCACCAAGCAGGUUUCCCCUCCUCCCCACCAACCCCACCCCCCACCA